GAAGAAUAAUCUUAUUACUUUAUUCCAUCACAGUACAUGAGUAAACUUUUUUUCCUUCAAAAUGUUUUUUUUUUUUUGCAGAAUUAGGACAGGGGACCUUAUCUUUUGUUCCUCCAGAGUCUUGCGGGCACAAGUAACAGAUGCUGGCCAUCGGAUUUGGUCCCAAAACCAAUCAUUUCUGUGAAAUUGGUGAGAACAAGAGGGGAGAGAGAAAAAGAGAGAGGUCCCCUGGAAAACCAAAGCUUUACAUGCCCCCCUUUUUCCUUUUUUGAUUCAUUUCAGAGUUUGAACAUUUAGGCUAUAAGUUCUUUGUAUGGAUGUUAUGUUCCGAAGUGCUGGGGAGAUCAAAUUUUUCUUGUUUUAGUUGAUGGGUUUCUAGUUUUGUUGAUUUCUUACUGUUUUGAAAGAGGGCUGUCCUAAAGUUUUUGAGUGGAAGCUUCAGAUGAGAAAUGAUUUGGUUUCUUGAAGAGGAUUCCUGAAGUAAUAAAAUUUGAAAAGUGGGUUUUUUAGUUUAAAACCCACUUCAUUUCUAGUUCAUCAUGCCUCUCCCUGAAUUUCAUAGGGCUGCAACGAAAAAGCUUGAAUCUUCACAAUCCAACAUAUUCACUUGCACAUCUGAUGUCCCUUCCUUCAUGCCUGAUAAUGAAUUUGUGGAGCUUCUAUGGGAAAAUGGCCAGAUUGUGAUGCAAGGCCAAUCACAUAGACCAAAGAAGAGCUCUUAUCCUACUCCUUUCCCUUCCUCCAACCUCAGAGCUCAGGAUAAAUAUGGCAAAUAUCCCACAAUCCCAAAGUUUGGCCAGUUCGAGGGUAUCGAUUCGACGAUUAAUGAGCUAUCUCCUGCUGUGCCUUGUGCCAAUAUAGGGUUGAAUGCCCAAGAUGAUAUGACCCCUUGGAUCAAUUACCCAAUUGAGGAUCCUCUUUGCUCAGAGUUCUUCUCUGAGUUGGUCGGCAUUAGCUCAAAUCCGCCAACCAUCGAGAGGAGCAAUGGGUGUGCUGCUAAAGACUUGCAUAAUGCAGAGAACGGUCAUAGCUCUAGAGCUCUCAGAGAUGGUUCAGACCCUAGUAAGAUUAGGGGCAACAAUUUGCCGCAGCAAUGCCAGGGUUCGGUUGGGAAUCUAAAAUCGAGAGUGACAGGUUUUGGUGCUGGCGGGAGUGGGACUAGUAGUACUCACCAUGGCCAUUUUCAGAAGCCAGAUUUGGUAUCAGUUUCAAAGCCUUUGGCAGCGGGCAAUGGCGUUGGCUUGAUGAAUUUCUCUCAAUUUUCGAGGCCUCCUUCGCUCGUUAGAGCUAAUAAUAAGAGCGUAGAUCGGUUGAAAACAAAUGAGAAGGUGUCUUCGGCUACUGCCAGUACUAAUCCUAUGGAAUCAACAUUGAUCGAAUCUAGUGGAUUACGAGGGAAUUCAGGUUUGAAUUCGCACAAAGUGGAGGUGAGAUCAAAUGAAAAGGGUAAAGAGGAUGUAGUUUUGGCCGAACAGAGAACAGAGGCUAUUUGUAAUAAUAAGAAUAAUCAGAGCUCAAGCUUUGCAGCCAGUGUUACAGUCGGAAGAAAUGAGGCUGAAAAGGGUCCUGAAGCAGUUGUUGCUUCUUCUGUGUGCUCAGGCAACAGUGCAGGGGCUGAGUCAAAUGAUCCGAAACACACAGCGAAAAGAAAAAACCGAGAAGGAGAUGAAUCUGGGUAUCAUAGUGAAGAUCCUGACGAUGACUCAACUGGUUUAAAAAAACCGUCUGCAGGGCGAGGACGUACAGGGACAAAGCGAAGUCGUGCUGCUGAAGUUCAUAAUUUGUCAGAAAGAAGGCGAAGAGAUAGAAUAAAUGAGAAAAUGCGCGCGUUGCAGGAGCUUAUACCCAAUUGCAACAAGGUGGACAAAGCUUCAAUGCUUGACGAGGCCAUCGAGUACCUUAAAACCCUUCAGCUACAAGUUCAGAUGAUGUCUAUGGGGAGUGGACUAUGCAUGCCUCCUAUGAUGUUACCACCAGGGAUGCAACAUAUUCGUGCACCAACCAUGACUCAUUUCUCGCCAAUGGGUGUAGGAAUGGGAAUGGGCAUGGGAUUGAGUUACGGAAUGGGAAUGCUCGACAUGAAUAGCUCCCCAAAUUGCCCAUUGAUUCCAGUACCAUCGAUGCACACGUCGCAAUUCCCUUGCACUUCGGUUGGGAUACCAGGAUCUGCAGGUCUUCAGUUGUUCGGAAUCCCAGGUCACGGGCAGGGACUCCCCGUGCCAUUGCCUCGUGCGCCACUCUUCAAUCCUUUGUCUGUCCCUAGAGCAAAAGGGAACUCAGUAAAUGAAGUACCAGGAAUGAUAGCAAAUCCAUUGCAAGUUUCAGAUUCAGGUCCUUCAUCAAUGUGCAAAGAUCAAGCACAGCGAGAAACAAGCAAAAGCGAGUCGCAGGCAAACUUGGUGCAAAUCAGUAACCAAGCAUCGCAUGUCACUGAAAAUGCAACAAAAAACACUAUAAAUGAAAAUGGGAAUGCGUCAAGUAGACAUAACUAGCGAAUAUAGGUUUUGGUUUUAAGGUGGUGAGUAGACAGAAGCUAUACGGAUUCCAAGUAACCACCUGCUUUGUAUAAACAAGAUGGACGUGAUAGUUUUGGGAGGUGAAGGGGAAAGCUUUUAUUGUGUGUCACUGAGAAGAGAGCAGCUGUUUAAUGUACUAAGAGGGGUGAUUAUGCACCUAUAUAUAAGAUUUUUCUUAGUAGUAAUUAAUAGAUAGUUUCUCUUCAUUUGAUUCUUCUUAAUUUUUGCAAUUCUUGUAAUUUAAUUAAUUAAUUAUUAUUUUUUAGCUGGACCUAUGUAUAGAUUGGUGAAUGUUGGAAAAGGACAAGUAAAAUCACUUCUGAAUAUUUGUUUCAAAAUACAGGAGGAGGUUAUCGUUUA